UCCCCCCCAAUGGGAUAACAGGUUGCGGAGACCUGAGACGGGGGAGGGGGGAACCCCUAUUUAAUAUACACAUAUCAUGUUCCCUCCUCCAACCAGUGGCGGGCAACUCUGUCAGAGCGAUGAUGUGAAGACAUCCACACAUAGCAAUACACUUGCCACCUGGCUGAUGAACACAGGGUUAAACGACUAAUUGGUUCUACUGCUGGGGGAUUGCAGGAGUUGAAGUAGUGUUGCUCAAGGGGCUCGGUGAGGGAUCUGAGAGGGCACCCCCUCCCCUUGUCCCCUCUCUCUCUCCAUCGAUCUAGUUCUCUUUCUGUGAUACCCAUACUGAUGAGCUUGGGUUGAAAAGAGAGAGGGAGGGAGAAGGAGGGAGAUGGGGGUGGCAGAAUGAGAGAGAGAGAGAGAGAGAGGGAAGGGAGAGAGACACGCAGGCUUGGUUGCAGCUGCUCGGCUGCAGCUACGUGACCACACACAGUCCUUUCCUUCCUGCUUUGGCUGCACACACACACACUCACACAUACACACACACAUAUACACACACAUACACACUGACACACUGACACAAGCACAGACACUUGGAGCCUGGGCGCUAAAGCCUAGCUGCCUCCUCCAUCCCACAACCCCCUCCUCUCUCUCUUCUUUGCCACCCUGAGCAAUUGCGCCUGUGCCCUGUGGGAAGAGUCAGUGAGACAAGGUGUAGGAUCCGAGAAGAGAUUCCCAGCACUGGAGAGACAGGAGCCCCACGCAGUCUCGCCUUGGGAUUGUGUGCCACUGCAUCCCUUCCUCCAAAUGACAAGAAUAUUAAUAUAUGCUGCAAUCUCGACCCCUUCCUGCCGGGUUUAGCGCUUCAUUUGCAUUCUUCCAGCUGGGAUUGGUCCUUUCAUUUCCAUUCAUUGGUAUCGGGGCUUCCGCAGGACUCCUGGCCGUGUGUGUGGUUCCAUGGCUUUAGCUUGGAGGCGAUGAGUGGGAGUCAUCCCCCUGCACUAGUCUCCGGCACACACGCACACUGACACCAUUAGAAGGUAUCUCCACUGCUUGACACCCCUUGUCUAUCUGCCGUUGCCAGGCUGGAUUGGGGAUUUUGCAUUGCAAUGGCAACUAAUGGAGAGGGGGAUGGCAAAUCCGAGGGGAUUUUGUUGGACUGCGAUCAGGCAACUCCGUUAACUGCCCUCCAGGGAUGAUCUCUAGUUACUUUUUAAACCCAAAACCAGGAAUCUCCUGCAUUUGAUUAAGGGAGACUGAAGCAUCAGUUACAUUUCACUGGAUUUCCAGGGAUUUUCCCCCAACCUGCACUGAAGAAAACAUCAGUUCUUUCCUAUUUUUGCCAUAUAAAGCAAUACUGUUAUUCCCUAUCUCCCUGCUUUUUUUAUUGCUUCUCCUGCUGGUCCCACCGUGUGGAACCAGUGUUCAAGAGUAGUGGAAUCUAAACUGUGACCUGAAAGGUCUUAUGUCCAUCGCUGGCCUCUGUAAGGUCCUGUUGAGUCCCUGGGCUGGAUAUGUCCAUGUUAACGUGAAGAUGGAUUUGGGUUACGGUGUGUUGUGGCUACUGACAGUUCUCCUAGAAGGCAUUUCUUGCCAGGGGGUUUAUGCUCCCCCUACUGUUCGAAUAAUUCAUUCCGGCUUGGCCUGUAAUAUUGAGGAAGAACGGUAUUCAGAAAGAGUCUACACAAUACGAGAAGGGGAAACACUAGAAUUAACAUGCCUGGUUACAGGACAUCCCAGACCACAGAUCAGGUGGACCAAAACAGCAGGAAGUGCAUCAGACAGAUUUCAAGACUCCAGUGUUUUCAAUGAAACUUUGAGGAUUGAAAAUAUUCAGAGACAUCAAGGAGGUCGUUACUACUGUAAAGCAGAGAAUGGAUUAGGCUCUCCUGCAAUAAAGUCAAUACGAGUUGAUGUGUACUAUCUAGAUGAUCCCAUUGUGACUGUCCAUCAAAGUAUUGGGGAAGCAAAAGAACAAUUUUACUAUGAAAGGACUGUUUUCUUACGAUGUAUUGCUAACUCUAACCCACCAGUUCGAUACAGCUGGAAACGUGGUGAAGAGAUACUGCUUCAGGGUUCUGAUAAAGGGGUAGAAAUAUAUGAGCCAUUCUUCACCCAGGUAGGAAUUAAGGGUGAAACAAAGAUUUUAAAGCUCAAAAAUCUUCGGCCUCAGGAUUAUGCCAAUUACAGCUGUAUUGCUUCAGUGAGAAAUGUUUGCAAUAUUCCUGACAAAAUAGUGUCAUUUAAGCUUUCCAACAGAACAGCUUCCCCAUCGAUCAAACUCUUGGUGGAUGAUCCUAUAGUUGUGAAUCCUGGUGAAGCAAUCACAUUAGUAUGUGUUACAACUGGUGGGGAACCUACUCCAACACUAAUGUGGGUUAGAUCGACCGGUACACUUCCUGAAAAGACUGUUCUUAAAGGUGGAACUCUAACCAUACCAGCCAUUACUUCAGAGGAUGCUGGCACAUACAGCUGCAUUGCAAAUAAUAAUGUUGGAAACCCAGCAAAAAAGUCUACCAGUAUUAUCGUUAGAGCUUUAAAAAAAGGUCGUUUCUGGAUUACACCUGAUCCCUAUCACAAAGAUGACAAUAUUCAGAUUGGCCGCGAGGUGAAGAUUUCCUGCCAAGUGGAAGCUGUCCCAUCAGAAGAACUGACAUUUAGCUGGUUUAAAAAUGGCAGACCGUUGCGCAGUUCUGAAAGAAUGGUUAUUACACAAACCGACCCUGAUGUGUCACCUGGUACCACUAAUCUUGAUAUUAUUGACUUAAAAUUCACAGACUUUGGGACGUACACGUGCGUUGCAUCUCUGAAGGGAGGAGGAAUCUCCGACAUCAGUAUUGAUGUUAAUAUAUCAAGCAGUACAGUUCCUCCAAAUCUUACUGUUCCGAAAGGAAAAUCUCCAAUGGUUGCCCGGGAAGGAGACACAAUAGAACUGCAGUGCCAGAUUUCUGGCAAACCCAAGCCAAUUAUUAUGUGGUCCAGAGCAGACAAAGAUGUUCCAAUGCCAGAUGGAUCAAUGCAGAUGGAGAGUUAUGAUGGCAUUUUAAGGAUUGUAAAUGUUUCCAGAGAAAUGACAGGAACAUACAGGUGUCAAACAAGUCAAUAUAAUGGAUUUAAUGUCAAACCAAGAGACGCCCUGGUUCAGCUGAUUGUACAAUAUCCACCAGCAGUUGAACCAGUAUUUCAGGAAAUACGACAAGGGCUGGGUCAUAGUGUGACAAUGAACUGCAGAGUACUGCGAGCAUAUCCCACAAAGGUUUUAAUGUACGAAUGGCGGCUGGGGAGUAAAUUGCUAGAAAAAGGGCAAUUUGACUCUCAAGAUUAUACAGAGUUAACUGUAAAUAUUCUUGCCAAGGAGCAUUAUGGGACUUACAACUGCAGCAUUAUCAAUGAAGCUGGAUCUGGUCGGUGCAGUUUUCUUGUAACAGGGAAGGCUUAUCCCCCAGAGUUCUACUAUGAUACUUAUAAUCCCCUUUGGCAAAACAAAGCUCAAAUUUAUUCUUACAAAUUACAGUGGACUCAAAUGAAUCCAGAUGCAGUUGAUCGUAUACUUGCAUAUCGUCUGGGGAUUAGACAGGCAGGUCUACAACGCUGGUGGGAACGAGAAAUUUCUGUCAAUGGAAUUAUUAAGAAAGGCGAGUUAAUGACAAAUAAUCUUACUGAGCUGGUCAGACCAGAGCCCUAUGAAGUCCGUCUUACACCUAUAAAUAGAUUUGGAGAAGGUGACUCAGCUAUACGGAUAAUUAAAUACAGCGCUCCAAUAAAUCCACAUUUACGAGAAUUUCACUGCGGGUUUGAAGAAAGUAACAUCUGCUUGUUUACACAAGAUGACACAGAUAUCUUUGACUGGACAAAACAAAGUGCUAGCACAAGAGAUACCAGAUAUACUCCAAACACAGGGCCAACAACAGAUGCCGGAGGCUCAAAACAUGGUUUCUACAUGUACAUAGAGACUUCUAGACCCCGGAUGGAUGGAGAAAAAGCCAGGCUUCUUAGUCCAAUUUUUAAUAUAGCUCAGAAGAAUCCAUAUGGAUCUAGCAACACAGUUUAUUGUUUUAGUUUUUUCUAUCAUAUGUAUGGCAAACAUAUAGGAGCUUUGAAUAUAUUUCUGCGCUUGAAAGGACAAACUAGCACAGAUAUACCAUUAUGGUCUGCAAAAGGAAAUAAAGGUGAGCAGUGGAAGCAGACGCAUCUAAAUAUACACCCAACGUCUUCAUUUCAGCUUAUAUUUGAAGGAAUUCGAGGGGAUGGAAUUGAAGGAGACAUUGCUAUAGAUGAUAUAUCUAUCAUGGAGGGGGAAUGUUCAAUAAUAGAUCAGCCUGAUACCACUCCAUCAUCUAGUGGUAACGGGACAUUCAUACAUAUAUGGCUGUAUCCAGUUUUCCUUUUCCUCUCUGUUUUAAGUCAUCAAAGGUGACCAUAUCCUGGCAGAGGCUACAAAAGAUUCCGUAGGCACCAGUAUGAAGAAGAGUCUUUGUAAAUGGACAUCUGAAAAACAAACUACCAAAGAGUCCUUCACUAAAGCACUGGGAACUAACCGAACGUGGAAUAUAAAUUAUUACAAACUACACAAGACCUGCAAAUAGAGGAGAUCUUGAAGUGCUUCUGUGGCUAUUGUGAAUUCACUAUUAUCUGAUUAUUCUCUUUAAAAAGGGAGUAAUGAAAUUUCUUGUCAAAGCACAAAGUCAUGGCUGGUUUUGUUUCAAAUGAAUAGUUUGCUAGUUACCAUGGACACCUAAUGGCCUGCCAACUAAACCUCACAGUAAACAGGGUACGUGAAGAUCUGGCAUUUAUUUUCAAUCCAAGAAGGUUUUUAAUACAGAGUAAAAAAAGUAAGCCCUUUUGCCUUGGCUGCCUCCAUUCAACACUCAAAGCUACACAGAACACUUGUUUCAUAUUAUCAUAGCUUUGCUUAAUGAAAGGUAUUCUAUAUCUUUUUGCAUGCAAAUGACUCCAAGAAGAGCAGCCCUGUCCUAAAAUCUUCAUCAACCUGCAGGAUUUUGCUUGUAGCCACUGGCACCAAGACCAAUUCAUCAAGUAUAAUAAAUAAACCAAACCACCACCUUUUAUAAAUUGCCAGGAAACCAAGUGCCUUCAAUUAAACAAGCCUGAAAAGUUAGCUAAAUAAGCUUGCACUGCUGUGAGUGGUUUGUGGAAUAUAAACUAUUUUAUAAGCAAAGUACAUCCUAUGGGUAGUAAACCACAGGCCAGAUUAAAAAUACGCUGUCAGAAGAACGUUAAUUCAUAAGUUCUUGGAAUUCAAUUUAUUUUGUCUCACCUUUUUAAACAGCCAUGGCCUUCUCACAUGUUAUCUGUUUGUCAGUAUCUACUAUCUUUAAGUCAAAAUUGGACAAAGUAAUUUUUCAGAUUACCAAAAAAAAAAAUAUCGAAGGUGGUUUGAAAAGUUAUCCAAAUGCUCUCCACUUUUUUAUGGAAAAUGAUUUCUUACUUAUCUACAUUUGAAAUGAAAUCAGUCUGAUCUCAAGAGGAGAAGCAGAAGAAGCUCUGAGUAUAUAAGACUGCAAUGCGAGUGACCUCUAACGAAAUGCUGGGUCUGAACAAUAGUCUUCAUUUAAACAAUUUGAGGGUUUAUGCCUCUGCCCUUUAAUCAGACUCUGUGCAGACUGUGAUAUAAUAUUUUAUUAUGUUGGCAAGUUUGGAGAAAAAAAAAUACAAUUUUACAUAAAACUGUAAAAAUGACUGAGCUACCUGAUUAUCAUACCUUAACCAGCCACUUUUUCAAAGCAUUGUUCAUGUCCCUUAUACUGUUGGCUAUGAACAUUUUGAAUUUUUUUUUUUUUUCCUUUUAAAUUAUCUAAACAUUUAAUUUCACUUCAGAUAUUUUAUCUACAGAAAUGAUUUUAUGUUCUUUUAAAAAUGGUGGUUGCAAAAUGUUAUGCAAGUAAUUGGGCUACAAAUAAAUAAUAAAAAAUAUAUAACACUGCAGAAAUUGGUUCAAAAUAAAAAAAAGCACAAAGAAAAUUUAGUAAAUCCAUGACAAUGUUUUAGUUUUUUUUUUUUUUUUUAAUUCGGUAGAAAUGUUUGUGCAGAUUCAGUAACUCAACUGAGAAAUACUUUUACAGCUAUGUUCAAUAAAGCCUCUUUCCAGGUAAGGUAUAACAA